CCACACUGUAACUCUUCGAUUUCGGAGCUAGCCUAAAAAGUAAAAAUCUCAUCCAAAGGACCCCACGGCUUCAUUAGAUAAGCAAUAAUGGCGUGUCACCCCGCACAAGGACGACAGCGGAAAUGAAACGUCGUCAAUUUCACUAUUUGGAAUAUCAAACGAGCCGAGAAGACACAGUACAGUAGUAGCCAAAAGGGAGUGAAAUUACUUUAUACUCAGAGAAUGAGUGAUAUAUGGAGAAGACGAGAAGAGAGGUGGAUAAAUCACUACUGUUCUCGGCACAUUAUACUGUUAGUAGGCGAAGGCGAUUUCUCCUUUUCUCGUGCCCUGGCAAUGGCUUUUGGUUCUGCCACCAACAUCGUCGCCACUUCUUUCGACACUCACGACACAUUGAUGACGAAUUACAAGAAUGCUUAUGCAAAUUUAGCAAUUUUGGAAACAAUGGGAGCAACAUUGAUACAUGGAGUGGAUGCAACCCAAAUGAGGACUCAUCCUCAUCUUCAGUUUCUGAAAUUCCACCGUAUUAUUUAUAACUUUCCUCAUGCUGGUUUUCAUGGGAAAGAAGAUAAUCCUGAACUCAUACAGUUGCACAGGAACCUUGUCCAUGGAUUCCUGACAAAUGCAAGCACCAUGCUAUGCCAGGAAGGCGAAAUCCACAUCACUCACAAAACCACGACCCCAUUCAACUUCUGGAAAAUCGAGGAUCUUGCGCUCAAAUGCUCUCUGUUUUGCAUCGGCCAAGACAAUUUCAAAAUCGAAGACUAUCCAGGUUACCAGAACAAAAGAGGUUCGGGCCCUAGGCCCGAUGAGCCCUUCCUUCUGGGAGAGUGCUGCACGUUUAGGUUCAAACGAUUUUCGGACGAGUGCCGUUGGAUAUUUGGCCGCUAUCUUGAUCACGUGGAGGACACGUUUGGGAGGAAUAUAAGUAGCGACGAAGUUUGCUUUGUUGUUCGUGAGGCGUUGAGUGUUGGGUACGAGACAUAUAUGGGGCAGGGAAGGUCCCUAAAGGGCUUUAUCGACAUUUUGGAGGAGCUUCAUGCUAUUAGUGCUUUGAGGACCAAGAGAUUGUUGCAGAGGCUAUCACGUCUUGACCGAUCAGUUGACUUCAACGAGUGGGGUCCGUGAACUCAGUAUCUUUUUUUAUCUUUGGUUUAGAUUAUCUGGAACUUCUGUGGAUGCGUUUUUUUUUUUUAUUUGUUCCCGAUAAUUUCAUGUGAUCCGUUUUGCUGAAAGUCUUGUGCGUCUGUUAUAAAUAUCGUAUCUGACUUUGAUGGACUGCUCAAUGAUUGGCAUUGGCAGUAACUGUUCGAAUGUGUUCCAGAUUUUAGUUAACAAAUCGUGAAGCCGAAGAAGGGGGCAAAUGUUCAUAUAUAUA